CAAUAACCCCUUGUUUACAUACAUAUGCGUUGUCCUUAAUAAAAUAAUAAUUUUAAGACAGUUCGGUAAUAAAUAAUGACUACGUCUGGAGAAGCACCAGAAACAGAUUCUGAAGAUGAACAGUAUGUUUUCAACUCUUCUUACGCAAAGAUUGGAAACGAAACUAAUUUAGAAUGUCCAAAUGUAGCUGUGAAUAGUUCGCAUGAUAUUAUAAUCAAAGGAAAAGUAGUUGAAGGAUUAUCGGAAGCAGAAGAUUUGCUUAAUACACCGCUUGGGACAGAAAUAACAGAAAGUUUUUCACCAUUACAUGUUGAUCCACUAAGGAAAAGAAUAAAUGAGCUUUCAACAAUUACGGUAAAGAAUUUUAUUCAGGAACGAAUUGCUCCAAUUUCCAAAAAAAUUAUGGAUACUGAUAACUCUUUAAUUAAUACACAGUUAACUCUCCAAAAUGUAUCUACAUCAAUGAAAAAUGCCAGCGAGCGAUCAACGAGAAUCAAUACAAAAUUCCAAACUGUGAUCAGCAGUGACUUCCUUCCGCAAAUUAAUAGACUUUAUUCUUGAAUGUCAUUGGAAUCAUUGGAGAAAAGUUUUGCGAAAAUAUAAUUUUUAAUUUCAUUUUUUGCUUUAAAGGAAGAGGGUUUGGGGGGUUAUUAUACUUUUAAAUUAUUGAUCAUAUUCGAAUCAAAUUUUGCAAUUUUAAUGAAUAUAUUUUGUUCCGCAUUUUACAAAAAUAUGUAUGCUCUACAAAAAUGAUAGAAAUUAAUAUUUU